GAAUACGGCCACAUUGUUUAUUCAAACACACAAUAACGUUUGGUGUGUUGACUCGGUAACGAUUUGUUUUAUUCUUUCGGGGUAUUUGAUCUUAGAAUGUUUUUACCGCCUUAAUUCUGAAGUGACAGCCUAAUUAUUUUCAUUGUCAUAAUCGAUUCUCAAAUCAUCAUAAACAAUGCAUCUCUAUAACUUGACAUUACAACGUUCUACUCAUAUUUCUUUGGCUGUCCAUGGAAAUUUUGCCGGCACUAAACAACAAGAAAUUGCUUUGGCCAAAGGUCGAAUACUGGAACUGGUACGUCCAGAUCCCAGUACUGGUAAAGUAUAUUCACUUCUUUCCAUCGACAUUUUUGGUGUCAUUCGUUCAAUGCUUGCAUUCCGUUUGACUGGCGGUUCCAAAGAUUAUUUAAUUAUUGGUUCUGAUUCAGGCCGUAUUGUUAUUCUUGAAUAUAUUCCUGCCAAAAAUUGUUUCGAAAAGGUUCAUCAAGAAACAUUUGGUAAAAGUGGCUGCCGUCGUAUUGUACCUGGUCAAUAUUUAGCUAUUGAUCCAAAAGGUCGUGCAGUCAUGAUAAGUGCGGUUGAAAAACAAAAGUUAGUAUACAUUCUUAAUCGUGAUGCCGCAGCUCGACUGACGAUUUCUUCACCUCUUGAAGCUCAUAAAUCCAACACAUUCGUUUAUCAUACUGUUGGUGUUGAUGUUGGAUUUGAAAAUCCAAUGUUUGCCUGCCUUGAAAUGGAUUAUGAAGAUGUUGAUAUUGAUCAUACAGGCGAAACUGCUCAACAAACACAACAACAACUGACAUUCUAUGAACUUGAUCUUGGCCUCAAUCAUGUUGUUAGAAAAUAUAGUGAAAAUCUUGAAGAACAUGGAAAUUUCCUCAUAUCUGUGCCAGGUGGAACUGAUGGACCAUCAGGUGUAUUAAUCUGUUCAGAGAAUUAUAUAACUUAUAAAAAUUUUGGCGAUCAACCAGAUAUUCGCUGUCCAAUACCUCGAAGACGUUAUGAUCUUGAUGAUCCUGAUCGAGGAAUGAUUUUCGUUUGUAGUGCAUCGCAUAAGACAAAAUCCAUGUUUUUCUUUUUGGUACAAAGUGAACAAGGCGAUAUAUUCAAAAUUACGCUCGAAGUUGAUGAUGAUAUUGUCACUGAAGUUAAAAUCAAAUAUUUUGACACCGUUCCGGUUGCCACUAGUUUAUGUGUGCUUCGUACGGGAUUCUUGUUUGUUGCUUCAGAAUUCGGCAAUCAAUAUUUGUAUCAAAUCGUUCAUCUUGGCGAUAAUGAUAAUGAACCUGAAUUCAGUAGUUCGAUGCCUUUGAAUGAAGGUGAAACAUUUUAUUUCACACCUCGAAGCUUAAAAAAUUUGGUCUUGGUCGAUGAAACCGAGUCAUUAUCACCAAUAAUGCAUUCUCAAGUAGCUGAUGUAGCUAACGAAGAAACGCCACAAUUAUUGAUGGCCUGUGGACGGGGACCGCGUUCUACUUUUCGACUAUUACGUCAUGGUCUGGAAGUGUCUGAGAUGGCUGUUUCGGAAUUGCCCGCCAAUCCAAAUGCUGUUUGGACGGUGAAAAAACGUAGCGAAGAUAAAUUUGAUGCCUACAUUAUUGUCUCUUUUGUAAAUGCAACUCUUGUUCUUUCGAUUGGGGAAACUGUCGAAGAAAUUACCGAUUCAGGAUUUCUUGGUUCUACACAAACAAUUAAUUGUGCUCAAAUCGGUGAAGACGCAUUAGUUCAAGUCUAUCCCGAUGGCAUUCGGCAUAUUCGUGCCGAUAAACGUGUGAAUGAAUGGCGUGCACCAGGCCGAAAACAAAUCGUACGCUGUGCCAUUAAUUCACGACAAGUGGUGAUUGCUUUGGGUGGAGGAGAAAUUGUUUACUUUGAAAUGGAUCUAGGUGGUCAAUUAAAUGAAUAUACCGAACGUAAAGAUAUGAAUUCCGAGGUGAUUUGUAUGGCUUUGGGUGAUGUGCCAGCAGGUGAACAACGAUGUCGUUUUUUGGCAAUUGGCUUAGCAGACAAUACUGUUCGUAUUAUCUCUUUGGACCCAUUGGAAUGUCUCACACCUUUGUCAUUACAAGGUCUUCCAGCUAGGCCUGAAUCAUUGUCAAUUGUUCAAAUGGGAUUGAUGAAAUCGGAUGAAAAAUCUAAAGGAAAAUUGUACUUGAAUGUUGGUCUUCAAAAUGGUGUUCACUUACGUACCGUUUUGGAUGAAAAUAAUGGAACCCUAUCAGACCCUCAAACUCGUUAUCUCGGUAGUCGUCCAAUCAAAUUGUUUCAAGUUUGUAUGCAAGGCAAAGAAUCAUUGCUCGCAUUGUCCAGUCGUACAUGGCUCUGCUAUUAUUAUCAAAAUCGUUUUCAUUUGACGCCCUUAUCAUAUGAGCCAUUAGAAUAUGCAUCUGGUUUUUCUUCUGAACAAUGUCCCGAAGGAAUUGUGGCCAUUUCACAAAACACAUUACGUAUAUUGGCCUUAGAGAAUCUGGGAAAUGUAUUCAAUCAACAUUUAGUUGAAUUAGAGUAUACGCCAAGAAAAUUCGUCAUUCAUCCAGAAACCUAUUACGUCGUAAUGAUUGAAACUGAUCACAAUGCAUUGACACCGGCAACAAAAACUGCACGAAAGCAACAAUUGGCUCAAGAAAUGAUUGAUUCGGCUCCAGCUGAUGAGAAACAACAGGUUUCGGAAAUGGCUGCAGCAUUCCUCAAUGAAAAUUUGCCCGAAAAUGUAUUCGGAGCACCUAAACCUGGCCCAGAUACAUGGGCAUCAUUAAUCCGAGUUUUUAAUCCAGUCAAUGGCAAAACAUUGCACAAAUUUUCAUUGGAACAAAAUGAAGCCGCAUUCAGUAUGACCUUAUGUCGUUUUACAAACGAUCCCGAAGGAUAUUAUAUAUUGGUUGGUGUGGCAAGGAAAUUACGAUUAUUAGACAGACAACACUCUGGUUGUGAAAUUCAUACAUAUAAAUUUGAAGCUGAUCUUGAACAUUUAACGUUGGUACAUAAAACACCAGUCGAAGAUGUUCCAAGAGCUAUGGCUCAAUUUCAAGGAAAAGUCGUCAUAGGUGUUGGCAAACUUUUACGAAUUUAUGAUCUCGGUAAAAAGAAAUUGCUAAAAAAAUGUGAAAACAAGACCAUACAAAAUUUUAUUGUGACCAUCAAUACAAUGGGCAAUCGCAUCUACGUUUCUGAUGUCCAGGAAAGUUAUUACUUUGUUCGAUACAAGCGAUCAGAAAAUCAAUUGAUUGUAUUCGCUGAUGAUGUUUUUCCACGUUGGGUGACUUGUACAUGUACACUUGAUUAUGAUACAAUUGCUAGUGCGGAUAAAUUCGGUAAUAUAUCGAUCAUUCGACUGCCGACAGAUGUCAAUGAUGAAAUUGAUGAUGAUCCGACCGGAUUGAAAUCUCUUUGGGAUCGUGGAUGGCUAGGUGGAGCAUCGCAAAAAGCGGAAGCCAUUUGUAAUUUUCAUAUUGGUGACCUAAUACUUUCCUUGAAUAAAGCAACAUUGAUACCGGGAUUUUCCGAAGCAUUGGUGUAUACGACAAUUUCAGGCGCCGUCGGUGUGUUGGUUCCAUUCACAUCACACGAACAAUUGGAUUUUUUUCAACAUCUUGAAAUGUAUAUGCGUUCGGAAAAUUCGCCACUAUGUGGUCGUGAUCAUCUCGCCUAUCGUUCAUUCUAUUUUCCAGUUAAAAAUGUCAUCGAUGGUGAUCUCUGUGAACAGUUUAAUUCGAUGGAUUUUAGCAAACAGAAAAGCAUUGCCGAAGACUUGGAUUUUUCACCAGCAGAGGUUUCGAAAAAAUUGGAGGACAUGAGAACACAAUAUGCAUUUUAAAUUAUGGAAUUUUCAAUCAAUCAAUCAUCAUUUCAAUCAGUCAUUUUCACAAAUCUAAAAAUUUUUAUUCAUCCAUAUUUUUUAAUGUAUCAUUUU